GUUCCUGUUAGUCAGUUGUCGUCGGGAUCGUCAACGCGCGAGGAUCGACAAAGCCGUCUCGUUCCGACAAGCUUGCUACUUGCUGCUGGAUACUCGUAUGUUCCUGCAAGUAAAACGCGAGGAACAGCUUGGGAAGGCACGCGAGAUGUAUCUCGCGGGUAAUUCGGAUAAGCUAGAAGUCGGCAAGAGCAAGUUGCGAGUAGCCAAUCCUCAAAUCGAUCAACCAUGUUGCGUCGUGUUGUCGGAUUUCAAAAAUACAGAGACAGCCGACGCGAAACCGCACGCGAAAUCAAACGGACGUGGCUGUUUGGACUUUUGCGGACGGUACAAGCGUGUCCUUCUGGCUGGAGCAGUUCUGUUGAUCGGGCUAAAUUUAAUCGCGAAAAUUGUACCCGCCGUUAUUCCAUUACUAUCUACUAAUGUCCAAGAUACUUCAGAGCGCGCCGGGCAAGACUAUUUCUUCGGGAGUGAGACAGCAUUGUCGGAAGUGGUGAAAGCGACGAUCGAUGGGGACUCGUACUGGAAUUCCUUUAGCGAUCGGACAGAGUUCACGGCGGAGCGGACAACGGAAACGGAACGGAAUGCAGAGGACGACCGCGACGCGUCGUCGACAGGCGCGGUGGUCAUCGGGAAGAUAUCGCGCGGCAAGCGAGAGAUAUCGCGCGAUAGGCGCGACUGCGUUAUGAGCGCGGAGCGUUGCGAGACGCUACUGAAAUCGAUUCACGAGUACCUAAAGACACUCAACAUUGAAUUCUUCGACGAGAGUCAGGUGUCCAUAUUCGAGGAUAUUUUGAAAUGUGUGCAAUGCAGGGAGCGCAAGUCGAGCAAAUCCAACGACGACUCAACGACGCGCGAAUCAAGCGAUAAAUAUCCGUUGUACAAGUACGUCGGGGAAAAUCAUUUGCAGGAUUCGCCGGAAUCGACAGUCGUCGAACUGUUGAGUGACGCAGCAGGAGUCGACGGCGGGCCACGCAGUGUAGGCGCAGCGAGAGGCGUCGACGGUGUCGAUCGGCCGGAAACUGCGAGGAUUCAAAUAACGACAAAGACAAAUUCGUCGCUCGAUCAGGCAAGUACAGUAAACUCGGCUGGAGAUUUACGAAUGGACGUAAAUCGCGCUGAUAUCAACGACACUGAUAAACGGCCGAACGCCGAUGGUCCGAAUCGAAACGACUCGUACGUAGCGAGAAUGCAAACGCAUGACGCGAGCGUUUCCACUGUGCCGAGAGACGUCGACAAAUAUCGCGCAUCAGACGCGGUCGAGCUCGAGGUCCGGAGCAAUGUCGUUUCUGCGGUAAACGACGCAUCAACGACCGAAUCUGAGGGAGGCGCAACAACCGCCCGCGCCGGUGGAGUGAACACAAACGAGAAGCCCAUGCAGAACACCAACAACAGCGCAACCGGCGCGACGAUGUAUCCUUCGUUCGAGGGACACCCGGAAGAUCGGCCGAUCACCGCAGCGUCCGAACAAUCGACGACCGUGUCGGCCGAUCGUCUUGUAAAGAACAAUACCAAACUGGUCGCCGGUGGGAGUUCCAAGCAGACCGAAGAUAACGCGAAAGGCACUCGGCAGUUGCAGAUGACGUCCACAAUGUUACGGACAAUGCCGCGUCUGGUUUGCUUCUACGGUUAUCCCGGCCAACUUCUCAACAGGCAGUCGCAACCAGGAUCGACGCUUCAUUCGGGUUCUUUGCAAAAUCACGAGCUGUUCUCGUUACAGAGCAGUCUGUUUCCAGAAUAUUACGGUGCGUGUCCAUUGAAUUAUCGUCGAUGCGCUAGCGAUGGACAUUGCAUUUCAAAGUCAAAAUGGUGCAACGGUCGCGUGGAUUGCGCCGACGCCAGCGACGAGACCAUGUGCUCCUGCAAACACCGGAUAUCCCGUGAUCGACUUUGCGACGGUUAUUUUGAUUGUCCGCACGGAGAAGACGAGCUCGGCUGUUUCAAUUGUCCCGACGACUCUUUCAGCUGUGACGAUUGGGAUUGGCGUCACAGCCACGAUAAUUGCGUACCGCUUUCCCAACGUUGCGACGGAGCGGAGCAAUGUCACAGUGGGAAGGACGAGCUAGAUUGCAACGUACUUUCGACGUCGUUUAUAAAUGGGAAAGAUAUAUUUACGAUCGGUUACACAGAGGGAUAUCUUCACAAGAACGUACGAGGACAAUGGUAUCCCGUGUGUACGAGCGAGCCUCUCUGGGCGAUGGAUGCUUGCGCGUCAGAAACCGGCCGGUCCGCAACAGCAACGCCGACGAUAGAAACGGUCCGUUUGCCUGCCUUGAGUGACCUCCCAGGCCCUUACUUGAACGGAUCCGACGGACAGAUGCGACUCGUGCACUCGUGUCCGGAGCACUCGGUGGUGUUUGUCAGAUGCCCGCCGUUGCGUUGCGGCACCAGCGGCGACUCUUCGCGGCGUGACUUCUUCUUCUUCUUCUUGGGGACGGCGUCCGUCCCUUCCGACACGACUGAUCGAGAGGAAGGUAGCUACGCCACGGAGCACGCGGAGCAGCUUGCUCUUGGUUUUGACGACCUUUACCUGGAGACUCUUCGAUUGUUGGACGACAAGCAUCCGCUUGUCGCUAAGGAGAACGCUAAGGAGAACGCUAAGGAGAACGAGAACAACGACACGCUCGUCGAUCCGCAAGUGGGGGUGGUCGGUGGUCAGGCGAGUCGGCCGAGAGCCUGGCCCUUCCUGGUCGCGAUCUACAAGGACGGUACCUUCCACUGCGGCGGUGUUAUCCUCACCGAACUCUGGGUACUCACCGCGGCUCAUUGCAUGGUCGAGUACGAGAAGCAUUAUUACGAGGUGCAGGCCGGUGCGCUCAGACGAUUUUCAUUCUCGCCGAUGGCUCAGUGGAGAAGAGCGAGAAACGUGCUGAUACACGCCGACUUUAGCAAUCGCAUCAUGCGAAAUGACAUCGCGCUGAUUAUGCUGAACGAAAGCCUCCUCUUCAAUCGAUGGGUUCGUCAGGCUUGUCUACCGCCAGACAUUGAACGGAGGUUGGAACCAACCCCGCAAUCCAUGUGCGUUGCUCUCGGAUGGGGCGCUACGAGGGAAUUCGGGCCUGACUCCGACCAGUUGCGUGAGGUGGAGGUGCCGGUUUUAUCAUCGUGCAAGCAUCCUUUCGAUCGGAACGACGCUACCAUUUGCGCGGGCUAUCCUCAGGGUGGUCACGACGCGUGUCAAGGUGACAGCGGCGGCCCUUUGAUGUGCAGAGAUCCGAAUUCCGCCGAGUCGCAGUGGUAUGUGGCGGGCGUAAUCAGUCAUGGCGACGGGUGCGCACGUCUGAACGAGCCCGGCGUUUACACGAGGGUGGGCUACUUUGUGGGCUGGAUUCAAGAGCUGAUCGAAGGGUUCCCGACCAAACUUUCGGACGGAGGCAAAAGUACAACACCCUUGUCCAAAUGUCCAGGCUUCAGUUGUCAAGGAGAGUCGGAAAGGUGCUUGCCGAUAGAGAAAUAUUGCGAUCGAGUUGUAGAUUGUCUGGACGCCGAGGAUGAAGUCGGUUGUCUCUGGCAAACGGUGGACAAUUUUGGACAAUACAAACAGUCAGGCUCCAAUAACGACCAUUUACCAUUUGCGGACAUGGAAAUGAGAAAGGAUUCAGCGGAUCAGCGGCAACAUGUCAACGAGAUCAGCACCAUCGCUGGGACGGUCUUCACUUUGGGGGACAGGGGGCCGCAAACGCGACUGAUUGGCAACGACGACGACGACGACGACGACGACGACAAAGCUUCGACGAGUACUGCCGCGAGAUUCGACGUGACAAUACAGCCCGAGGCAGCGUCGACAACAGCGUCGACUCGCGUUAGAUUAACGUUCACGUGCACGAGUCUGAUACAAACCAUAACGAUCGGCAAGAGAUGCGACAAGCGACUGGACUGCGAGGACGGCACCGACGAAGAGGGCUGCACGUGCAGGGACUAUCUGUGGAGCUUGAGACCGACGGCCGUUUGCGACGGACAUCUGGAUUGCGACGACGGGACGGAUGAAAAGAAUUGCGAUAUUUGUACGAAAGACGAGAAGGAGUUUCACUGCGGUAGAAGCGGAGCGUGCAUUCCGAUGAAGAAUAGAUGCGACGGGAAAUUCGAUUGCGCUCUAAAGGAGGACGAGGCUGAUUGUCUCGUAUUGACCAACGGGGAGUACGUAGACGUGGACAGCGACGAUCGGCCGGCUUUAAGUGCGGCAGGCUUACUCGCUAGAUACACAGACGGAACGUGGCGCACCGAAUGCCCUCGAUCAGCGAUACGUGACAACGAUACUCUAACGGCGAUGAUCGGCGAGAAGGUGUGCAGAUAUCUCGGAUUCAGGAACGUACAGUCGGUGGAGAAAGUCUACGUGAAGAGGAUCGAGCUCGAGGAGACCGGGACUCUCCCUCGGGGGAGAGGCGGAAGGGACAAUAAUGCCACGGAUUACGAAGCAGAAAACGUGGUAGAUGGGAAAACGUGUUCGGCUCUACGGAUUCACUGCAGACCGGUUUUGAGCGGCAGCGCCGACUCGCACCUGAUCGUCGAUCCGAAAAGCAAAAGUCGCACUUACCUGUGGCCGUGGCUGGCCGCCAUCUUCGUCGAUGGCCGUUAUCAUUGCUCGGCUAUACUCCUCAAACCGGACUGGCUCUUGUCCAGCUCCGGAUGCACGAGAGAUAUCAGGUUAUCGGUGAAUUACACGAUCGCUCUGCUUGGCUGCAGCCGCUCGUACCUCUACGUCAACGGGCCUUAUCAACAGAUAUCGUUCGUUGAUGAGAUCAAGGAGGUCGGACAUUCCGACGUCGCGUUGCUCCAUUUGAAACACGCAGUGAACCUCACCCGUUACGUACUGCCGCUGUUUCUGCAAGAAAAAAUCUAUCCACCGGGGAAUGACGAUUUAUGCGUGGCGGUUGGCACGGACGAGAAGUACUCGUCGCAAUCUGUAUUACUGCGGCCGAUCCUUGAAAAUUGCGACAGGUGUCAUCGUUGCUUCGUCGAAGCCACACCGGAGGGCCCAGAGUGUUCGACCAACGACACUGUUUCGGUGUCGUCGGAUUGGACUGGAACGGUGGUCUGUCACAGUCACAGUCAGCAAGGAUGGUAUCCCGCGGCUGUGUUUCACGAGAGAAACGGUCCGUGUAGUUUCCGAAGCACGCGAAACCUGACGAGCAUCGAUUACGUUCACGCUCGCAUCACGCAAAUUUUAGACAGGCAACGGCUGAAGCCACAGGCAGUGACUGAAGAAGCUACAUGCGACGGUAUUCGAUGCAACAUUGGACAAUGCGUCUCUUGGGAUCGAGUAUGCGACGGCGCGGCGGAUUGCCGAGACGCCGCAGACGAGACGGAUGAGGCGUGUGAAAGAAGACGGCGGAUUUAUAAUACAGACAUCAAUCGCGAAUGCGCAAAGACCAAGUUGCGAUGUGGAAAUGGCGAGUGCAUACCCAAGAGCACCUUCUGCGACGGCAAAGUGGAUUGCUCGGACGGCACAGACGAACCCGUAAAUUGUACCUGCGCGGAAUAUCUAAGAUUGACCGCACCGGAAAGGCUGUGCGAUGGCGUGCGACAUUGUCUCGAUAAAACCGACGAGUCGCCGGAUGUGUGUCGUUGCACGGAAAGCAGCUUUAAAUGCGACAUAGAAAACGAGAGCUCCACGUGUGUUCCUCAAGAUUUUGUGUGCGAUGGCGAUCAGGACUGUCUGAACGGCCGAGACGAGAAACAAUGUAGGGAGCUGCGCAAGUCCAUUGACGAUAAAUCUGGGACGGGAGAAGUCUUGCAACGAUCCUACGGUGUAUGGCAUUCUCUAUGCUAUCCGGCACCAGCGACACCGGACGACGCACAGAUUGCGUGCAAGGACAUUGGCUACACAAACGGGACUAUCGAUCGGGACGAGAAACGAGCCUCGAGCGAGCCGGUUGUGCCGUCUCGCGAUGACUUCUAUACGAUUCGAGUGAACCUGGAAACAUGGGUGGCCAUGCGGAGCGAUAGACCGCUUAUAAAUUUGGUCCGGCCGUUAGAUCUGUGCCACCGUCUCUUCGUCAAGUGUACAUGACGCGUACGCUCCUCAAUCCUCUGGCGCACUAAGGCUACACUAAGAUAUCCUCUGCGUAAAUCGUUCGUCUCAUGCGCAGGCUGACUUUGGCCAAUUGUACGUGUCGCAAACGUAUCGCGAGGAACCACGCGAGGAUCGGAGCAUCAUCAAGCAUCAUCAAUCAAACUUUGUAUACCAUAUUCUUCAAAGAUUCGUUCAUUUCAGCUACGACACGUUUGCACGACAGCACGAGCAAAAAGUGAGCGAGUACAAUUGUACAUUUACAUUGAAUGAGAAAGGAAAACAAGGCUGAAAUUGUGCUCGUUUGGGGAAACUCGCGACAACUCGUUACAACGUGUCACGAAAGUGUCACAAGUGAGAAUCUUGGAACUUUGAGUGUUGCGCCCGCGCCCGCGCCCGCGCCCGCGCCCGCCGUACCGUAGGUUGCGCAGUCUUUAGACUCGUAUCUCGAUGGUCGUUUCAACAAAUGACACGAAUAAAAUGCGUUGCACAUCGUCACCUGCACUGCGUCAUGCAUCGGCUAUAAUUUCCGAUAAUAACUCUGCGACCGCUGCUGCACCGCGUCGAUCUCGAGACCAUUGACUUUCGAUCGUGACGCUCGAGUUUUCCAAUAUCACGACACAAUCGGCUGAUUUGAGCGAGCCAGCGCCGAUAGCGCCGAUUAGUCACUCCGGGAAUGUGAAUGGGCAUCGUUUUCCGUUUGACGUGACGUUCGAAGGCAACCUGCCAGGCGGUGCCGGAGCGGUGGCGGAGCCGGAGGCACAGUUGCGCGCGCGCGCGCGGCCUCAUUCUCGCCACAUUCCGCAUCUGCUCUUUCUUCUCCGUUCCUCCUUGGAAGCGAGUCGAUUGCACGCACCCGUACGCCUUCCGUACGUCGUUCCGGCAAUUUUGCAUGCUCACUUCGUUCGGUCAAGUCCGGCUGAUUUACCGUCCGAGAACGGGAAAACGUUCGUGCGAGAACGCGGAUAACGCGCGAGAAAGUUUCCUUCUUUUCCCGAGCUACGCCGGGCAUAUCGGAACCUAAUCAUUACGCCUUAUAAUUACGCCUUGAAUAACGUUAUUCGGCUAUUUUGCUAAUUCGCCUAUUUCUGUGCCCGUCUAUAUACCCGACCCGAAAAUGAAAGGAAAUACAUGAUUGCGAGAUUUUUGUGAUCGUUGCGACCGCAACGUCGCAAAAUACAAGAGAUCGAAACGAAAUGAAA